GCCCGUAGCGCGCUACGCUCGUAGCGCAGUGAAGUGAAGUGUUGUGACCUCUUUGGACUGACAGAAAAUGUCCCUAGUGCUGCCCGGCGGCGGGGAUUCCCCGAGCCCGCGGCGCGCCGUCAGUCCCCUGCUCGAGUCCCGGCGGCCGCACUGCACGCUCGCCUGCGACUACUGCGCCGCCAUACUCGAGGAUAAGUUCAAAAGGAAUGCGGACAUGCGUAACCGCGGUACUUCCCCGCUGUCGGUAUCGCCGCGACAGUCGCUCACCGGGGAACCCCCCUGGACCCUGCCAGACGACGACCGACCAGACUUCUCAGCGCUCAAGGAGAAUAUACAUAGGAUUAACAAGGACUGCGAGACCUCAACUCGGCUGGACCUGCUUCUUACGCAGGUGGAGCAGUACGCCAACAACCUGGAGGCCCUGGUGGAGGAAAGGACCUCGGACUAUCUGGAGGAGAAGAGGAAAUGCGAGGAGCUGCUGUACCAGCUGCUACCCAAGUCAGUGGCCUCACAACUCAUCAUGGGUCGGCCUGUCAUGGCGGAGACAUACGACCAGGUCACCAUCUACUUCAGCGAUAUCAUCGGCUUCACGCAGCUCUCCGCGGAAUCUACGCCGUUGGAGGUGGUGGACUUACUGAACGAUCUCUAUACCAGCUUCGAUUCCAUCAUUGAAAACUUUGAUGUGUAUAAGGUGGAAACGAUAGGCGAUGCGUACAUGGUGGUAUCCGGUCUACCAAUGAGGAACGGGACCAGACACGCGGCGGAGAUAGCUAGAAUGUCUCUAGCGCUGCUGAGGGCAGUGCGAGUGAAGACAGUCCCUCAUAGACCAGGGGAGAGGCUGCUGUUGAGGAUCGGGAUGCAUACAGGUCCCUGCGUAGCUGGUGUUGUUGGACUAAAAAUGCCCAGGUACUGUCUCUUCGGUGACACCGUGAACACUGCAUCCAGGAUGGAGUCACAUGGAGAAGCUCUUCGAAUCCACGUCAGCCCGAAGACCAGGGAGCUCCUGGAUGAUGGCUUCGAGUUGGAGUGCCGGGGAGAGAUCACGAUGAAGGGCAAAGGAAAAAUGGUGACUUACUGGCUACUGGGUGAAAGGCAACCACCACCACACCACACUUACAACCCGAACAAGGAAAAUGAGAACAACGUUACCACCAACCCCAGCAUAACCUUCCAAGGACCGGAUAGCCCAGCGUCUCACUCACUAACACACAGCCAGAGUCCAGAGAAAAAUGGCCUAAAGGAGUCCAAUAAAGCCAAAGAAAUAAUGAGCGAAAGAGAAAGAAUAAAACAUGAGAUAGCAACAUUCGUGGCCAAGGACUUAAUAAACAAUAUUGAUAAUGCAGUAAGAGAGUUCAGACUAACUCAAGGAGCUUUAACUAAUAAUAAACCGGUCUGUAACGGUAAAGACAAAGGCCUAAUAACCCCUACGUAUGACAAGGAGCUAAUAAUAAACAAAGGGAAAGUAAGAGAUGUCGUCAAUAGGUUCAAUAAUACUAUUAACGAUACGAAUGAAAUCAAAACCGUAAAACAGAGGAAUAGAUCAGAAGACUGAAAAGCAGAAGAGGAUGUAAAAACUUGUAUAUUAAUGUAAGUAGUCCAAGGCACAAAUCUAGUCAAUAUUGGUGCAUAUAAUCGAUUCUUUGUAAAACAGGUCCCAUGUGUUAGCGAAGAGAAAAAACUAUAUAGAAAAAUAGAAAUCAACUUUUCUGCACUCCUGAAUUUAUCUAUCCUGUAAAUAAUAUAUUUGUUUAGGAAAGGUGUAGAUGAUACUUAGUAUAAGAGCAGUAUACAGGGUGUAACAAAAGUAAGUCAUA